AUGAACGUGAUUUUCCGUACUUAUGGGAGGGUCUUGCUAAGCAGUUACAUUAGAAACAAUGAGCUCCUCGUUCGGGCAAAAGCCAUGAGCAGUGAAGUCAAAAAAACACAUCUCGUGAGAGUCAAAAAUCAACCGACAACAAUCUUCGAUAAGAUCAUAGCAAAAGAGGUUGCGGCAGACAUCAUUUACGAAGACAAACAAUGUCUGGCCUUUAACGAUGUCGCCCCACAGGCACCGGUGCAUUUCCUUGUGAUCCCUAAGAAGAGGAUCCCCAUGCUCGAUCACGCAGAGACUUCCGAUCAAGAGGUUCUCGGGCACCUGUUGUUGACUGCCAAAGCACUUGCCAAAGAACGGUUACCUAACGGCUACAGACUGGUGAUAAACAAUGGAAAGGACGGGUGCCAGUCAGUUUAUCAUUUACAUGUCCACGUUUUGGGCGGGAGGCAAAUGAACUGGCCCCCAGGGUAAAUCACACAGACACAAUAAAUUAAUAAUAAUUGUU